AAUGUGGGUGCUCCUGUCCCUGGAGGGGUGUAAACAAUCACGGUCAGCUGUUUCGCUGUCAACAUAGAUUCAGAGUGGACGCCGGUAGGUUGCAUCGUAAGUUGGAGGAGUUUAGGGAAAUAUCGGCGGAAAUGGAAUUGUUUGAAAGCAAUAAUCGUAUCGAUCAUGGCGGAGCUCUGGUCGCGUUACCAAAACACAUUCCUUUCCCCGAUGUGCCGCAUAAUUCGGAAGUCGUCAAUGAGUUUAUCACGUUCCUGUUUGUGGUGUUCGCGGCUGGCAUGCAGUUUCUACACAUCUACAGGACGGCGUGGUGGCUCCCCGACUCCUAUAUAAAUCACUCAAUAAAUAUUCAUUUGAUUGAUCCGUACUUGGUGUUGUUCAUCGUUGUCAUGGCAUCUCGGAGGCUAAUCUACAGUUUAUUGAACAAAGGAAUAGAAUAUGUGUACAGCGGGAGCACGAGGAAAAUACAAAAGGUGCCAGCCAGAUUUAUGUUCGCUCUAUUAUCCAUCCAUUUGAGUUACUGUGUCCUAAAAAUUUUCCUACGACAGAAUUAUCUAUCUCCGUUCCUAUUAUUGUAUCCAUUCAUGACGUACUUUCUAAUUUUUGGGUUUCGAAUUGAACCACUAAUACGAAUAACAAAUGUGAUUGAGACGUCAUAUCUUAACGGAAUUCCAAUGCAUUGUUGCUCGACAAAUCCUUCCGUUGUACGCGACGAAAUAGAAAUGCUGAAAAACGACUUUAACGACCGCUUUAAACAAACAUUAUUCACAUCUGUGAUUAACGCAUACUAUGCAGGGUUUGUGCCGUGCUUCUUUGCCCAGAACUUUCUUUACUAUGAUGUUUUAUGGGCGACACAACAUAUAGUCUUCGUGUGGCUAAGUGGGUUUACAAUGUGCGCGAAAUUUUGUUUCCCGGCAAAGUAUUGUGAUGUUCUUCAUCGGGCAGCACUACAUCUGGGCCAAUGGACACGGAUAGAUGGACGUUCAAAUAAUAAUCAGCCUCCUGCUACGUGGUCUAAGACUGUGGCGUGGCCUACGGGCAGUGUAGUGAGGUACAACGGGGAGUUGUACAAAUCGACUGGUCCAGUUACAUUGGCCAUUCCUGGAGAUGUGACUCAUUAUAGAUUCUAUAAAUUAUUUAACAACCCGUCCAUAUUUUAUAUGGUGCUGACGUCAGUUCAAAUGUUUCUUGUCAUGCUGCAAAUUCUGCUGCUUUGCUUCUCGGUGGAGUGGCAUAAUAUUUUAUCUUUGAGUUUUCUAACGCUAACGAACCAUCAUACAUUGUUUAAGCUUGUACGCGAUUAUUUGGUGACGCAAAAAGUUUAUGCCGCGGAGACAUCUAUUUAUGAGAAAUUGAAUGCUCAUUUUAACUGAAUAUUGCUUGAACAGGUUGUUUUU